AUAUACACACACACAGAUAAACAGACACGGACGGUGUUGGGAACAGAGGAUUUUGACCGAUUGCAGACCGCUGCUUCGCGAAAUAUUACGCGUAAAAUCGACGAUAUUAAUUUAUAGUGCUGAUCGGUUUUUAAUAUUUUUUCAUGUUUGAAAAGUGUGACGAUUGAGAUAUAUUGUUACCGUGAAGGUGUGCAUAUUUGACUCUAAAACUGAAAAACAAAGUGAGUGGGUUCGAUUGAUAUACGUAAUUAUAACCGUUUACGUGGACGAAGCGCGAGGAUUAUGAUAAGUGCAACCGAAUUUAGGGUGCAAGACUUCUGAGACUACGAGAGCAAGUGCGAGAAGAGAAUUUUCUUAUCGAGAUAAACGUAUAUUAAGUACUAUAUAUUUAUAUAAAUGUGUUGAUUGUAUUUGAAAAGUGAAGAGACGGUGAUUCGUUGAAGAGAUUUUGAAAAACAAAAAAAAAAAAAAAUUGAAAUAUAUUUGGUUUGACAGUACUUUGUUCGUUGUGAAAAUCGAGAAAUAUUGUAACUGCGUUGUUUGACGAGUGCGGGAGGUAAAAUUACACGUCGAAUCGUUGAAUGAUUGAAAAUUUUUUUUUAAUCAAACUUUGUCGAAAGUGAUAAACAAUUCCGAGGAAUUAUUCGAUGAUAAAAACCGCAGCGAUGGAUAUUUGGAGUCAAGAAAAAGAAGCCACCGAAUUUGAAAAAACUGUCUUCGCAACGCGGGUUUAAAACUGGCGCAACAAUUGUGUUCGGCACGCCGGUUUAAAGCCAUGUGCUAAGACGGCUGACGUUUGUUUUGCUCCUGACACGAGAGAGACGGACAUACAGAGAGGGAGAGAGAGAGAGAGAGAGAAAGAGAGCGAUAUAUAGAGAGAGAAGAAUAGAGAGAUCAAGAGGAAGAGAGAAAGAGAGAGAAAGGAGACACGCGAAGCCGCGAUUGGCUCUAAGCGAGAAGUACGCGCAGCUCGUUUCAACGAAAUAUACAGAUUUGAAAAAUGUCCGCGAAACGAAAGGCGACAGCUAUAAUGCAGCAUCAUAAGGAGAAUAUUUCCACCCCAGAACCAUCAGACAUCUCCGAGGAUGACCAUUACUCGAGCGCGCUCAUGAAAGACGCGGACAAGCUGAAGCUGAUGCUGCUCGCGUGGAAUUAUAAUCUCCAACAACAGGCGCAGGUGCAGGCGCAGGCGCAGGCGGCAACGGCUGCCCUAUCGCCAAAUAACUCUUCAACAACGUCUGCAUCCACAAUUGGCUGUCCCACCACAGUCACCAGCCAAUCGGUCAUUUCCACGGCAAACAACACGAUUAACAACUCCACACUUACAGAUUCUCGAAAUGGCGGCUGUGAGGUGGGUGAAUUGGGGUCGGGGACCGUGUCAAGUCUUGGAUCGGUCGCUGGGGUCGGCAGCGAGGACAUGGCCUCUCUCUGGGCCUCGUACGCGAUCGGUUUGAAGAAGACGCCGCCACCAGCGCCGUCAACGACGCUUUCGCGCCUCGACCGCGACCGAGAAUCGAGCCCUGCUGGGGGUGAGGGCACCGGAAGUGCUCACGACGAGACCAGCAGCAGUGGAAACAAGGAGGACGAGGACGACGACGACGAGGACAGCGACGAGAGGCUAGACCCCAGACAUCAUGAUCCGGAGCGUCUCAAAGCGUUCAACAUGUUCGUGCGACUAUUCGUCGACGAGAACCUGGACCGUAUAGUACCGAUCUCCAAACAACCCAAGGAGAAAAUUCAGGCUAUCAUCGACAGCUGCACCAGGCAGUUUCCUGAGUUCGCUGAAAGGGCGCGCAAGAGGAUCAGGACCUACCUAAAGAGUUGUAGGCGUAACAAACGAGGCCGGGAGGGUGCGCCCUGGGAUCCUGCUCGACCGACACCAGCCCAUCUGACUUCGGUACAGGCGGAACAGAUAUUGGCAACUGCCUGCGAGAAUGAAAGCGACAACGCUAAACGGAUGAGAGUCGGAUUGGAGCCAGUUUCUCAACCUAUGCCAACGCUGCCCGCAGCCACGCAAACUGAUGUCCGCCCCAGUCUGGACCAUUUCUCGAGCACGCCGGUCAAGUCGCUACCCGGUAAACGAGAAGACACGCCGCCGGCACCGUUGACAUCCUUGGCCUCCUUACCGCUCACCAGUCUGGCCAACCUGUCAAACAGCACCGCGUCGACACCCUUGUCCCUUACACCCGCGUCGAAGCUCCUUAAUCCCCCGGAAAACAAGGGCCUUAUGAGCCAAGCAACAAUAGUCAGUUCGUCGGUGGUGAAUGGAGUCGCAAGUGGAAGUGCACCGACGGCGAUGUACAGACCUAAUUUCAGUCAGGCCUUCCAACGUACUGGGCCAACGACAGUUCCACCAACCCUUUCGGCGGGCCUUUAUCCCACUCAAAGCUUCACCUCGGGUAUCCUCAGCAACGGUACACCAAGACCAACGGACUUGAGUAUGAAGAGUACCAAACCGUUGGUUAGCCACAAACUGAACGCUGCGGAAAUGGCCGCAGUGAGACAGCUGAUAACAGGAUAUCGAGAAUCGGCAGCGUUCCUCCUGAGAUCUGCGGACGAAUUAGAACAACUCUUACUCCAGCAGCCCUAGAAUUACAUCAUUUAUGUAGCGUCAAUGCGACAGCUGGGUUUGCUACCGGAGCAUCCCUGAAAUUACGUUGUGUCACGUCAAGACGGACCGCUGUGCAGGAGAGACACGAUGGCCACGAUUAGUGGCUAAAUAUGGUACAUUCGACCACGAGAAUUCCUCGGGAUACCCUUUUUUUUUGUAUAUUCUUUUACUCUACCACAUACGGUGGCAAUUAAUUUUUUCGCACAAGUAUAUUAGUAAUGUUACGCCGCUGAGACCGUGAAGGAAAUCUGACAAGGGAGAGAAAAAGAGAGAGAGAGAGAUCGAGAGUGAAUGAAACGAUGCUGCUAAUUUGAAACUUGAGGGUAACCAACAACAAAUUUUGCGGUCGUAGUUCGAAUCGGAAACAAGAAGGCCUUGAAUUUUCGGCUGAUCUUACAGAACUUGAUUGAAAUAAAACAUUUUAUUAUUCCUUUUUUUCGAUUGUUUUGUUUCUUCGGGAAAAAAACCUGUCAGUUUUAUUUCGACGAAGAAAGGAGUAAUAACGAGCCGGUGAUAUAAAAGUCGCUCGUCAAGGAAGUUGUUUUACUUUCAUGGAAAGAAUUGUAUUCUUUCUAAAAUAAGAGUCUUAUAGAUCAUCGUUAAUCGCAAAACAGUGAUGGGACAUUCUGGUUCUUAUAUACAUUCAUGUACACUUGGCUGUUUAUUUAUAAACCAAGAUCAAAGGGAGUGGCAAGGCAAACUGGUGAUACAAAAACAAAAGAAAUAGAAGAGGAUAAAGAACUGCCGAUGAGUUGAACGGUUGUAAAUAUUACCGCCUGUGCAAAACAAUUGUGUAAUUUUUUGCAACUGGGUUAUCUAUUCAAAUAGCCAUCUUUUUAUUUUACGAUAGUGAAAUUUUUCUGUAAUUACCGUAUAACUCUCUGUACGUGAUCGGUGAAAAUAUUUGAGGAAAGUAAUGCCUAGAUCCUCCCUCCCCCUAAAUUGAAUCUAUCUACCUGCAUCGAGAAGAGUUAAUUAAUUAUCAUUUUUAUUAUUAUUAUUAUUAUUAUUAUCGCAACUAUUAUUAUUGUAAUAAUUAUAUUAUUAUUGUAAAAUUGUUGUAAAUUUGUUUACAAGCGUAAUAUAGAUUAGUGUACUAAGGUUAACUAUAUAUGUAUAAUAUGAUAAUUUACUAAAAUUAAAUACAAAAGAGUUCCGCGUAUAAGGUAGAAAUUAUUAUAUUAUAUAAUAUUGCAAAUGAUAUUAUUGAAAAAUAUAUUAGUAUGAAAUCACAAGAAUUAUUAUCAUUAUUGUUGCUAUAGCUAUUAAUAUUAUUAUUAUUAUUAUUUUCAAUAUUACUAAAGAUUGAUUAAGAAAACUAUCAAAACAGGGUGUAUAUAAAGAGGAAUUAUGAAUAUUUACUUAAUUAAUAGGCUAAGAAAGAAAGUGUGA